AUGGUGGGGAAGCAUAAGAAAGCCAAGAUCACGGACGAAUGGGUGAUUUCGGAGUUCAGUUCGGUUCAGUCUGAUGAAGAGCAGGAGAGCGCAGAGCAGAACCACAUGUGCGCUCGCUACGAGAAAGCUCUCGAUUCCUUCCUCUCCUGCUCCUCGCCCCCUCCCCAUCUCUCCUCAUCAACAGAGCAGGAGAGCGCAGAGCAGAACCACAUGUGCGCUCGCUACGAGAAGGCUCUCGACUCCUUCGUCUCCACACCAACCACACCGGCAUUGGAGCCAGCAGCGGCUGUGGAGCCGGACCUGCUGUUUGUGUUUGCACGCAAGAAGCAGACGCCUCUCGAUUCAGAUGCAACAGCUCGCCCAAAAUCCCGACCCCCAUGGCUGCAGUGGACGCUCGUCGCUCAACUCGCCCUGCGCCUCUCACCCUCACCACUGCCGUCUCUGCUCAUUAUAAUCCUCACCCCCGUGGCUGCAGUGGACGCUUGUAGCCCAGCUCGCCCUGCCGCCACACCUUCCUCACACUUCGACUUACUCUGCCCUCCCUCUCUGCCCCUCUCGUCUCCCUUUCUUCGCCUCUCCCCCACCAGUGAGUGUUUUUUGAGAAUUCUCAAAAAACGCCCAGCUCGCCCUGCCGCCACACCUUCCUCACACUUCGACUUACUCUGCCCUCCCUCUCUGCCCCUCUCGUCUCCCUUUCUUCGCCUCUCCCCCACCAGUGAGUGUUUUUUGAGAAUUCUCAAAAAACGCCCAGCUCGCCCUGCCGCCACACCUUCCUCACACUUCGACUUACUCUGCCCUCCCUCUCUGCCCCUCUCGUCUCCCUUUCUUCGCCUCUCCCCCACCAGUGAGUGUUUUUUGAGAAUUCUCAAAAAACGCCCAGCUCGCCCUGCCGCCACACCUUCCUCACACUUCGACUUACUCUGCCCUCCCUCUCUGCCCCUCUCGUCUCCCUUUCUUCGCCUCUCCCCCACCAGUGAGUGUUUUUUGAGAAUUCUCAAAAAACGCCCAGCUCGCCCUGCCGCCACACCUUCCUCACACUUCGACUUACUCUGCCCUCCCUCUCUGCCCCUCUCGUCUCCCUUUCUUCGCCUCUCCCCCACCAGCCCCCUUGGCUGCAGUGGACGCUCGUCGCUCAACUCGCCCUCCCCCCUCUCACCCUCACCACUGCCCUUCACGAAAUCCGAGCCGCUGCUACAGACACAGCUACUGAUUCUGCGGACAACCCUGCUGCUAUACACGAUGCUGGGAGCACAGCUGGCGCUGCUGUGGUUCAAAGCUGUUGAGAGCGGUGCAGGAGUGUGUGUGGAUAGAGCAGGAUGCAGAGGUGGGUGGCUGAUGGGACGGAUACCCAAGAGGGCAUGGAGUGACGUGGCUCAGUGCGUUGCCUGGUACCGACGAGACCUGGUGUUUGCCAGGCAUCCUUCUUUUGAGUCACUAUCACAAUCACAGUCGAACGUGCUUGUGAGCGGCCUGAAGCAGGCCCUUGGCUUGCCAGCUGCCGCCACGCGUGCUGCUGUGCUGGCAGCGUACGAGGCCGCCACGUGGCGGCAGCAGGCCUCCAUCCUGUGCCACGUGGCACGCCUCCAGCUCAGCGCUGACUGGGACUUGCUGGGCCUGUCUGAUGCUUCAGCAGGAGGAUACAUUGUGACAGGCGAUGGUGACAAUAGGAGUGGUGACAAUAGCGAUGGUGAUAGUAAUGAAGAUGAAUGGGGAGAACAGGAUCAGACGGAGGAGGAUGAAGAGGAUGAGGGAGAGAGUGGAGAGGAGGGAGAGGGGGGGGAUUCAGAAGCGGAGGAGGGGGAGGAGGAAGAUGAGGAUUUGGUGUGGUCAGAAGCAGAGGAGCAGAGAGCAUUAGCUCGAGAUGCAGAGAUGCUGAAGCAGCAGGGGGGACAAGGAAUUACUAGUCAGAGACUGUUGGGUGAAGGUUUAACUGGUGGAGGUGACAUUGACGUUCUUGCUGGUGGUGGUGGUGCUGCUACAGCCGGAGCUGCUGGCGAGAGAAAUACUGAUGGCUCAAUUAGUGAUGGUGGUGACGAGUUGUCUGUAAUGGAGCGGACUCUAGUGAGGAAAAAGGAGGAGGCAGCUGGGGAGGUGAAGGCAGCAGUGGGACCGUUUGAUUCGGUCAGGCUGAUUGGGGAGCUGACACUGCUGCACGCUAUUGAGAGUGGAGAGGAGACAUUCUGA